CCCCCACUGUGUGAAUGUCAGAGGUCACCGGCCACCACCGCAUCUGUAUACCUGGAUCUUUGCAAAAUCGAUCUUCCUUUCUUCUUUUGAGGCACCUGGUGGAAUAUUUUGUCUUUUCCAGAUGUCUGGUGCAGCGCGCGGCGCUUCAGACAUCAUCGACGUCAUGAGAGGCGAUUCGGGAUCCCCAGGAGUGGGAUGUCGCCGCCCGCAGCGCAAGAGGGUGAGAACGAAAAGAGCGAUGGAGUCAAUGCAACAAGAAAACGAUAUGGACUGGGAGGAAGAAAUAGUAUUGAAAGAGUGUCGAGAAACCACAAAAAUCGCACAGUUCGGGUCACAGCGGCCGAGAGAGCGGGCGAGGGAAUCCGAGGCGCAGAGCAACCCGCGGAUCGUGACUUCAACAACAAUUUGGACAUCAUCAAGGCAGAAGUUCAGAUGCAAUUCAAAAAAAUCAUAGCAGAGGAGGUCGCCAAGAUGACGGCCCAGUUGACCGAAGAACUGUCGCAAGCGCGAGACCAGCUUACCCGAGCCUGCCGUGAGCUCGAGGACACUAGACUGCAGCUUCAAGCCAUGAAGGAGGCUCAAGAAGCCCCUUUGGUUUGGCCUGCAUAUUCUGACGUCGCCCGACGUACUCCUCCUGCCAGCAUCCCGACCCCGGCCUCCUCCACAGGCCGAGCGGCGACGCCAGAACCAGCAUUCUGCACGGUGGACAUGACCAGGGUGCCAGAGGAACACAUCGGAGAGGCUACACCGGUGGCCCUUCGCAAGCUCAUCGAGAACGAAAUGCGAGCGCCUGGCGACCAACCCAAGUGGCGUUGCGUUGCCGUCACUAGAGACAGGUCACAGAGGAAACAUCAACCGCACUAGGAUCCUCGGCAGGAACGAAGAGGAAGUCAAGAAGAUCAAGG